ACUCUUGCCUCUACCUGGCGAGGCCACGUCAGGGGCUCCCCGCUCCUGCUCCCGCCACGGCCGGUCGCUCGGAUCCUUCCGCGCCAUGAUCGCUGCUCGAGGCGGGGGCUCCAUGCCUCCGCCGCCCAACGCCACUGCCUAUUACCCCCCGCCUCGCGUGAAUCUGCCCUCCGGCGUGGAAAUCCUGCGCACUUACUCGGGGGCCUUCGUCUGCCUGGAGAUCCUUUUUGGAGCCCUCGUAUGGAUACUAGUGGCUGCUACAAAAGUUCCUUUGCCCCUGCUGCAGGGCUGGGUGAUGUUUGUAUCUGUGACAGCCUGCUUCACUUCCAUCUCCUUCCUUUCGGUCUUUCUCUUCAGUUAUCGAGAGAGAAUUGCCAUCGACUGGAACCGUUUGGAUUUCCUUUACCACGCAGCCGUCUUUGUCUUCUACUUUGGGACCUUCUUACUGCAGACUGCAACAACGUCUUUGCACAGUCACCCCCUUAAGGCCACCAAUCUCGCCUCCAACACCACCAGCCAUGGAGCACUUCUAGAUAGCCAUGAAUAUAAUUUAAGCAUAGCAGCUGCGAUUUUUUCCUUUGUAACAACCGUGUGUUAUGGAUGCAGCACCACCCUGGCUUUAAGAAGAUGGAAAUUAUAGCAUCGGAAAGAGGCGACCAGCUCCACAACAUCCUGGCUGAUUUUGAUACCUGCUCAAAUCUCAAACAGAGUCCAAUUUGUCCAUCAAAUUGGAGUGGCAUUCAAAAAGGAUGUUUUGGAAUACAUCUGUCGUUUUCUAAAGCACUGAGAUGUACACACCCAACCCAUGCCAUAAGUAUAUACUCUCAGGGGUGGUGGUGGGAAAAUCUGUGUUUAUAUUGAGAUUGUUAUCACAGCUUCUAUCUCAGUUCAGCAGCACCAUUCCCUUGUCCCCAAAGUGGGUGUAGUAUUAAGAAGCAAGGUCUUAGGAACAGAAGGGAUUAUUAUCAUUUUGGGAUGCAACAAAAUUCCUAGCUUGACAAGAGGCAGACAUAGCAGCAGUGGCCUUUGUAUAUAUAUUUAUAUUCUUUCUUCAGUGAAAAUAAGAUAGAAACUUCUGUUAAAACAACAACAACUUUCAUCCUCGUUUCCAGAUGAAAUCUUUUAUUUUCUUCCCCACACAGUGCUUCUGAAAUAACUCUCUACCAACAGCAUUGGUAGAGGGCCCCAAAAUAUCUUCCAUUACUCCACAGAAUUUUCUCAGUGACCUACAUUUUUCUCCUUCCUUUCUUUCCCAGGUUCUUUCU